CUCUCUACACACCUUGAAAAUCUGCUUUCUCCACAUUUACCUCAUUCCUACACAAUCACCAAUGCCGCAGAUCCACACCUUCAGGCUGAUCAUAAUAAAACAACUCAUCAACAGUAUUCUGACCUCAUUGUCCUCCCCGACACACACUGCACGAGCUGAGCCAUCCACUAUGAGAGUCAAGAUGAGACUAAUCGUGGGUUUAAUUGUAGGGAUCUCUGUCCUUAUGGGUACAGGUCAGGCACUGAGAUGUAUACAGUGUAGCAGUUACACUGAUACAAACUGCUAUGGCGCCAUCAUAGAAUGCCCAGCCUCUUUGAGUGCAUGCGGGAGUACUCUGAUCCGGAACAGAGGAUUCCGCUGGACGAGCUAUUUCCAAAUGAAGUCCUGUGUGGAUUUAUCUGAGUGUUUCAAUAACGGAAGGGUGACCGGCCUAUACGCAGAAACAUCAUUUGCAACAUCAUGCUGCUUCAAUGACAGCUGUAAUAAUGUUCUACCAACCUUGCCCAUAGUAAACCUCACCUUGAACAACUUAUUCUGCCCUGCUUAUGUUGACACAACGAUGGAACCUUGCGAUAUUAAGAAUAUUUCAGUAUGCACCGGAGAUCAAAACCGUUGUGUUCGAUACUCGGCGACUACCACACUAGAACACCUCCAUCCUUAUGUUGUGGAGGUUCUACAACACACACUCUUUACCUUGGUGGGUGUGCCUCGCAGAGGUCAGGAUCUGGAACUGGACUAUAGCUUUGUGGCAUAA